AUGCCCCCUCUGUCACUGGCUAUGUUGAAGCUGAAGCGCAACGCCACAGAGAAAGACGAAGGAGUCCAAGUGCGCGAGGUCGAGGAGCCCGAGCAGACGUAUCGGCUGUAUAAAUGGCGAUGGGUCGGUCUGACAGCAUUGGUGUUGUUGAAUUUGGUAUCGGGGAUGUCUCUGGUGUGGUUUGGCCCCAUAGCCAACGACGUGGUAAAUCAGUUCGGGUUCACUCUUGACGAGGUGAACUGGCUGGGUAACGCGAUUAACAUCACGUACAUACCCGCCUCGGCCGUCGUACCUUACCUGUAUUCGCGAAUAGGCAUCCGCAAGGCGUGCUUUGUGGGCGCGGCCCUGUUCAUCUCGUCUGCAUGGAUACGCUACUGUGGGACGAUUCAUGGACUCAGUGUGGGCGGGGCAUAUGCGCUGAUUCUCGUUGGACAGAUUAUCGCAGGAGUGGCACAGCCUGUGUUUCAAGUGCUCAUCCCAAGCUACUCGGAAAAGUGGUUCGAUCUCAAGGGGCGGACUACUGCAACUAUGCUCAUCUCGAUAGCAAACCCCAUCGGAAAUGCUGUGGGUCAGCUCAUAUCACCGCUCGUCGGAAACCCAUCUCAAUCUAUCCUCGUCAUGGGCAUCAUAUUCACCGCCGUGACGCCUUGUGUAUUCUUCGUGAGCGAUGCGCCGCCCACGCCCCCAACACCCUCGGCGAGCACGACUAACCCGUCAUUCAUGUCCCUGGCCCGGGCGAUGGUCGGACGGGAGCCGCGCGGGCUGCCGACCUACAUGUUGACGCGGCAGCGCAUCGAUUUUAUCAUUCUGUCUAUUGCGUUUGGGGUACUGGUCGGCUUCGUCAACUCCUUCUCGAUUCUCUCCGCCCAAAUCAUGGAGCCGUACGGGUAUUCCAGUACGAUAUCCGGCCUGAUGGGCGCGACGAUCCUCCUGGUCGGCAUUGUCGCCGCGGGUGUCACCGCGCCGCUCUUCGACCGCGUGCUGGCGUAUCGGCUUGCGUUGAGCUGCAAGAUCCUGUGUCCGAUCCUUGCGGGAGGCUGGCUGUCGCUCAUUUGGGCAGUGCGCAGUAACGAUAUGGGCGGCUUGUUUGCGAUCAUGGCUAUCAUCGGGGCGGCCAGCCUAACGCUGUUGCCUGUCACGAUCGAGCUUGCGGUCGAGCUGACCCGCAACGCGGACGCGAGCUCUGCGGUGCUCUGGUCGCUAUCUAACCUCUUCGGCGUGGUCUUCGUACUCGUGGAAGGCGCGUUACGCGCGGGCGCUUCUGCGCACCCGCCAUACAACAUGGAGAACGCGCUCAUUUUCCAGGGCACCGUCGUCUGCGUCGUCGUCUCGUUCCUAUUCUUUUUGCAGGGCCACCAAGCACGUCGCGAGAAGGACGAGCGCGAGCUCGCCGCUGCGCGCCGGCCCACGCCCCCCGUCGUCGAAGACCGCAAGGAGCCUUUGUUCGACGUCGGGUCGAGUGCGGUAGCGUAG